CUAACGAGCGCCCAAGCACGUAAAUAGCCCUCCUCUCCCCCCCGUUCCCAUCUCCUCGCCACCACCAACUCUCCAACCCUCACUCCUCAACCCUCCCAACCACACCAAACCCCCGGUCACAAUGAAGUUCACUGCCAUCGCCCUCGCCCUGGCCACCCUGGCCGUCGCGCGCCCCUCGACAGGCACCACCGCGUUGAAGGACCAGACGGACGGCGGCAAGCCCACGUACCCCAUCCCCGACGACUGGACCGUCGACGAUGGCGCCGCCAAGUGCGGUGACCAGGCGGAGCUGUCGUGCUGCAACCAGGCCACCUACGCGGGCGACUCGACCAACGUCGACGACGGCAUCCUGGCCGGUCUGCUGAGCAACCUCGUUGCCGGAGGUUCUGGCUCCCAGGGUGUGGGUGUCGCCAACGACUGCUCCAAGAUUGAUGUCAACAUCCCCAUCAUCGCCGUCGGCGCCCAGGACUUCCUCAACCAGCAAUGUAAGCAGAACGUGGCGUGUUGCCAGAAGAGCGGGAGCGACUCGAGCACCAUCGCCCUUCCCUGCAUUGCCCUUGGCUCUGUCCUAUAAACAGUCCAGUCCCGCUCAGCUGGUGUCUGGAUGAUGUUUCUUCGAUUCUAUACUUGUUCGAAGGUCUUUGUUGGAUCUGGAACGGAAUACGGCGUAUAAAAA